CAUCGCUUCCUCCCUUUCUCUCUCUCCCCAUCCUUUCCCUUCAUCUUCCCUUCUUCCCUUUCCCCUUUUGUAAUUCCCCUCCGUUCAUUCAGCUGGUUCUCGCCUCCAGCUUCUCUUUCUUUCUUUCCCUCCCCUUAUCCUCCCCAUUAAUCCUGCAGCUCUGGGAGGUGCACAGUCACAAUGAGCGGACUCCGGUUUCUUGAUCUGAUCAAGCCCUUCACGCCCCUCCUGCCGGAGGUGGCCGCCCCGGAAACCAAGGUUCCCUUCAACCAGAAGUUGAUGUGGACGGGGUUGACCUUGUUGAUCUUCCUGGUCAUGAGCCAGAUGCCUCUCUACGGAAUUGUGUCCUCGGACACCUCCGACCCUCUGUACUGGCUCCGUAUGAUGUUGGCCAGUAACCGGGGAACCCUGAUGGAAUUGGGUAUCACCCCCAUCAUCUCUUCCGGCAUGGUUUUCCAGCUCCUCGCUGGUACCCACCUCAUCGAUGUCAACCUUGACCUCAAGACCGACCGUGAACUGUAUCAGACCGCUCAGAAGCUUUUCGCUAUCAUUCUGUCCUUCGGCCAGGCCUGCGUUUACGUCCUCACUGGUCUCUAUGGCCAGCCCAGUGACCUUGGUGCCGGUAUCUGUGUCCUGUUGAUUGUUCAGCUGGUUGUUGCUGGUCUGGUCGUCAUCCUUCUGGACGAGCUGCUCCAGAAGGGCUACGGUCUUGGAAGCGGUAUCUCUCUGUUCAUUGCGACCAACAUCUGCGAGUCGAUCGUCUGGAAGGCUUUCUCUCCCACGACCAUCAACACUGGCCGUGGCCCCGAGUUCGAGGGUGCCAUCAUUGCCCUCUUCCACCUUCUGUUGACCUGGUCCGACAAGCAGCGCGCCCUGCGGGAAGCUUUCUACCGCCAGAACCUCCCCAACAUCAUGAACCUGCUGGCCACUCUCCUUGUCUUCGCCGCUGUCAUCUACCUCCAGGGUUUCCGUGUUGAGAUCCCCGUGAAGUCCUCUCGCCAGCGUGGAAUGCGCGGUUCUUACCCAGUCCGCCUCUUCUACACCUCCAACAUGCCCAUCAUGCUUCAGUCCGCUCUGUGCUCCAACAUCUUCCUCAUCAGCCAGAUGCUGUACUCUCGCUUCUCUGACAACAUCCUUGUCAAGCUCCUCGGAGUCUGGGAGCCUCGUGAGGGCUCCGCCCAGCUCCACGCCGCCUCCGGCAUUGCCUACUACAUGUCUCCUCCUCUGAACUUCAAGGAGGCUCUCGUUGACCCCAUCCACACCGCCGUCUACAUCACUUUCAUGCUGGUCGCUUGUGCCCUCUUCUCCAAGACUUGGAUUGAGGUUUCCGGCUCCGCUCCCCGUGACGUUGCCAAGCAGCUCAAGGACCAGGGUCUCGUGAUGGCCGGUCACCGUGAGCAGAGCAUGUACAAGGAGCUCAAACGGGUCAUUCCCACUGCUGCUGCCUUUGGUGGUGCUUGCAUUGGUGCUCUGUCCGUCGCCUCUGACCUCCUUGGUGCUCUUGGCAGCGGUACUGGUAUCCUUCUUGCCGUGACGAUUAUAUACGGAUACUUUGAAAUUGCCGCCCGUGAGGGCGACAUUGGAUCGGGCCUCAAGGGCCUCGUUCCGGGUAACUAAACUAGGCCCCUUUUUUUGAUGAAAGCAUGAGAAGAAGAUUGUGGGCUUAUGUUUGUUCUUUCAAUUUUCUGUUUCUUCUCGGGUAGUGUGCUAUUGUGGCUGGUAUCUAGAUGAUUUAGUUCUGGACGGAUGUAUGGCUAGUCUUAACAAUUUGCAGGAGGGAGAGCUUUCCUACGGGAAGUCCCGGUCACAAUUGUACAUAGCACCUAUCUGGUUUGUAACCAUAUUUACAAAAGAUCUAAAAUUACACUUAAUUGGCUUGAC